CGACGUCGUCCGGAAGUCGGGCGCUGGUCCCCUUACAUUCCGCGGGUAUCUGCGGUUCCUCCUUCGGCUACCCCGGGGCCGAAGUGUACGUCGGGGAUCCCGUAGCCUUCGGCUUGUGUCUCAGCCGAGCUACCUGCUCCGCACGGGGCUGCGUGCAGCCUAUGGCGGGGGCCGCCCCGACCACGGCCUUUGGGCAGGCGGUGAUCGGCCCGCCUGGUUCAGGGAAGACCACAUACUGCCUGGGCAUGAGUGAGUUCCUGCGCGCGCUGGGCCGGCGCGUGGCGGUGGUGAACCUGGACCCGGCCAACGAGGGGCUGCCGUACGAGUGCGCUGUGGACGUGGGCGAGCUGGUGGGGCUGGGCGACGUGAUGGACGCGCUGCGGCUGGGGCCCAACGGCGGCCUGCUCUACUGCAUGGAGUACCUGGAGGCCAACCUGGACUGGCUGCGUGCCAAGCUAGAUCCCCUACGCGGCCACUACUUCCUCUUCGACUGCCCAGGCCAGGUGGAGCUCUGCACGCACCACGGCGCUCUGCGUAGCAUCUUCUCCCAGAUGGCGCAUUGGGACCUCAGGCUGACUGCUGUCCACCUGGUGGAUUCUCAUUACUGCACAGACCCGGCCAAGUUCAUUUCGGUACUGUGUACUUCUCUGGCCACGAUGCUACAUGUGGAGCUGCCCCAUGUCAACCUGCUCUCCAAGAUGGACCUCAUUGAGCACUAUGGGAAGUUGGCCUUCAACCUGGACUACUACACAGAGGUCCUGGACCUCUCCUACCUGCUUGACCACCUGGCUUCUGACCCUUUCUUCCGCCACUACCGUCAGCUCAAUGAGAAACUGGUGCAGCUCAUUGAAGACUACAGUCUGGUCUCCUUCAUCCCUCUCAACAUUCAGGACAAAGAGAGUGUCCAGCGGGUCCUACAGGCUGUGGAUAAAGCCAAUGGCUACUGCUUCGGGGUCCAAGAGCAGCGAAGCCUGGAGGCCAUGAUGUCUGCUGCAGUGGGAGCUGAUUUCCACUUCUCCACCACCCUGGGCCUCCAGGAGAAGUACCUGGCAUCCUCAGACCAGUCGGUGGAGCAGGAAACCAUGCAGCUGUAGCAGCGAGCUGGGCCCUGCAGAGCAAGAAGCAGAACCCAGCAUUGGAGAAAGCGGCAGCCGCCAAUGACCACGGACAGCCCUGCCGACUCAGAUCGAGAGCAGUCUCCCCAGCCGGGCAGAGCACUCGCUGCACCCUCAGUGGUUGCUGUUGCCAGGAAUUCAGCACCGGCCCCACUCGGGCUACGAUGGGAUGUGCUACAAACACAAGAGUUUACUUUCUCCUCUUUGUACCUCCAAGCUUUCCUCAACCGUCUAGGUCCAGAGAGUUGGGGCAGAACAAGGGAACGGGACCUUCCCUUAGAAGAGGCCUAUUUCUUCAUACAGGACAUCGUUCCCGUCCAAGCACAGGACUGUGCUAGAACUGACACUCAGUCUCCGGUGGUGCGGUUUUGUAAAUUCGCAGUCGUAGCAGUGAGCCCGGUGCCUGAGUUUCCACAGGUGAUGCUUCCUAGCAGAUCUGAGUGUUUUGUUUUCAUGGUAUUUAUUUUAUGGUUUUAUUCCUUUGGGGCAAGGGUUAACUAGUUUUCCAUUUAUACUGGUCAUUAAAAGUUUACUUUGAAAUUGCAAAAA